GAGUGAAUGAAGCAGCGCGGAGUCUCCUCCAGACCGCGUCCCCCAAACCUGCUUUUUCUGACCUGUUUUUUUUUUUUUCGUUUCCGUUCUUUUUUUCCGUUCCUUUCUUUUUAUCUUCUCAUCGGGACCCGGUUCACAAUGAAGUGAUUAUGGGAAUCCUCUAGCGUCCAGAUUCUAUCCGAUGCGGGAUGACAAAGUGCGGGAUCCGGGGCUGGGGAGGCUGCUCGGGUCCGAUCGCUCAAAGUCACCGCUUUAAAGGUCUGACGACGUUCGCGCUGGAGUUAUCGGCUACAUCGCUGUAAAGAUGCUGAACAGCGUUUUGUUGCUUGGCGUCUUAACGGUGACCAGUUUCCCCACGAAGACCGACAGCCGCAAAACUUCCAAAGACAUUUGCAAGAACCGCUGCCCGUGUGAGGAGAAGGAAAAUAUCUUAAACAUCAACUGCGAGAGCAAAGGAUUUACAACGGUCAGUCAGUUUCAGCCGCCGCAAAAUAAGAUAUGCCAGCUGUUUCUGAACAAAAACUUUCUGACCAAGCUGCAUGCGAACGAUUUUAUAAAUUAUGGCAAUGUGACGUCCCUUCAUUUGGAUAACAAUGGCUUGCAGGAGAUUAAAACGGGGGCUUUUAAUGGACUAAAAAACCUAAAGCGGCUUCACCUGAACAACAAUAACUUGGAAAUAAUUAAAGAAGAAACCUUCACGGGCUUGGAAAGUCUGGAGUAUUUGCAAGCCGAUUACAAUUAUAUCAGCACCAUUGAGGCUGGUGCUUUCAGCAAGCUGAAUAAGCUCAAAGUUCUGAUCCUUAACGACAAUCUGCUGCUCUCCCUCCCCAACAAUGUGUUCCGCUUCGUCCUGCUGACACAUCUGGAUCUGAGGGGGAACCGACUGAAGAUGCUGCCUUUUGCCGGCGUGCUGGAGCACAUCGGUGGGAUCAUGGAGAUCAGGCUGGAGGAGAACCCUUGGAACUGCACAUGUGACCUGAUCCCCCUCAAAGCUUGGCUGGAUACCAUUUCUGUGUUCGUGGGGGAUGUCAUUUGCGAAACGCCAUUUAGGCUGCAUGGGAAGGACGUGACCCAGUUGGUCCGGCAGGAUCUGUGCCCCAGGAAAAACCCCGGCGAUGCCAGCCACCGUUCCAUGCAGCCUCCUUCCGAUUCCCAGUACCAGGGUCCAUCUCCCACUCUGCACCCAGGUGUGACCCCCACUCGAGCGCCCAAGGCGUCGCGUCCCCCGAAGAUGCGAAACCGCCCCACCCCCCGGGUAACGGCAUCUAAUAAGGAUAGGCACGUCUUUGGACCAAUCAUGGUGUAUCAGACGAGGUCCCCUGUGCCGAUCGCCUGUCCGGAAGUGUGCAUCUGUACCUCGCAGAACCCGGACAGUGGACUGAACAUCAACUGUCAAGAGAGGAAGCUGCACAAUGUGACAGACCUCCACCCCAAACCCUCCUACCCAAAGAAGCUGCACUUGACAGGUAAUUAUUUACAGACGAUAUACAGGGCCGAUUUCACCGAGUAUGGGGCUUUGGAACUUCUGCACCUUGGGAACAACAGGAUAGCAAUUAUUCAGGAAGGAGCCUUCGAAAACUUAACUAAUUUAAGGAGACUCUACCUUAAUGGCAAUUAUAUUGAGGGCCUGUCUCAGUCUUUAUUUGCAGGUCUACAGAGCCUGCAGUAUUUAUACCUGGAGUACAAUAUUAUCAAAACCAUUUUGCCACAGACCUUCAACUCCUUGCACAAUCUGCAGCUCUUGUUCCUCAACAAUAAUUUAUUGCGAUCGCUUCCCGACAACGUCUUUGGGGGCACGAUGCUGACGAGGCUGAACCUGCGCAACAACCACUUCUCCCACAUGCCGGUUCGGGGCGUCCUGGACCAGCUGUCCCCCUUCAUCCAGAUCGACCUGCAGGAGAACCCGUGGGACUGCACCUGCGAUAUCGUCGAGCUGAAGAACUGGAUGGAGCUGUCCAGCACUAGUGUGGUGGUGAAUGAGAUCACGUGUGACUCGCCCUCGAAGCACGCUGGCCGGCUCCUCCGGUCCCUGCGCAACGACGCCAUCUGCCCGGAAACGGAGGAGGCCACAGAGGAGGCCCCAGCCCCUGCCGCUGCUGCUGCGUCUGUCGUCUCCACCAUCGCCACCAGCACCGAACCCACCGUGUUCUCUGUGAGUGCAACUACAGACGUCCUGCCCCAGAUGCACACAGAAGUGCCCCUGUCUGUGCUAAUUCUGGGUCUACUGGUUGUCUUCAUCCUGUCCGUGUGCUUCGGGGCGGGCUUGUUCGUGUUCGUCCUCAAACGCCGCAAAGGGGUGGAGAGCAUCCCCUCAGCCGUCAACAACUCGGACCUGAACUCCUUCCAGGUCCAAUACGGCUCGUAUGGAGCCCAGGCAGGCGCAGAAAAAACCGAUAGUCACGUGUACAACUACAUCCCCCCUCCGGUGGGACAGAUGUGCCAAAACCCCAUUUACAUGCAGAAGGAUGGAGACCAAGUGGCUUACUACAGGAACCUGAAGGAUGUGGGCUUCAGUCCCAUGGAUGCUAAAAAAGAAGGGCAGUCACGGAGUCCCGCUUAUACCGUGAGCACAGUGGAGUUCAUCGAGAAGCAACCCUGUGCAACCCGGGAGCCUGAGCUCCUCUACCAGAACAUUGCGGAAAGAGUUAAGGAGCUCCCCACUGCAGGAGCGCUGAACUACAGCUUCUGCACCCUCCCCAAAAGACCGUUCGCGCCCCCUUAUGAGACAGUAAGGCGCCACAACCAGGACCGACUGAAUAAAACCGUCUUGUACGGGACGCCAAGGAAGUAUUACGCCGAACAGUCAAAAAAUGAACACCCUUUGCUCCCUGGGAAACUAAAAACAGAGCCGGACUACCUCGAAGUUCUAGAGAAACAAACGGCAAUGAGCCAGCUGUAAUGUACCAUUGCGAUCUCGCGCUGACACUUCAACAAGUAUCUCCGCGCGACCUAGACGUCACGAGGAGGACGCAAAUUAAAGCUUCUUUUUAAUCCCCAGCCUCUACAAAGGAGUAAAGAUAUGUGUAGAAUAAUCGAUACACUGCUUUCAAUGGGUGUUAAAUUAUUUUUUAGUACUUGAAACAUCCACACAGUAGCAGAUGUCGCAAGAAAUUGUACAAUACAGCUUUAUGCUUUUUUUAUCUUCUUGGUGAAACGGGGGUGACUUUUCCCGAACUGACGGCGGAACUGGCUCGUUUUAAAUGACAUUCCUGUACAUAACAUGAGACAGUCCCUGAAUUUCCAGAAGUGCCUUUGCACUCCAAGUAUUUUAAUCGUUGCUCUCCGCCAUAAGCUGAUUUUUUUAUGUGCUGUACUUUAAAGAAUCUCUAUGUAAAAACGAAUUAUAUGUCUAUUGCAUUAAAUGAAAAUCAAAAGGUACGCUUUAUUUAUGAGUAGAAAGUAAUGUUUUAUAUUUGAGUGUCAAUAAAGUGGAAUACAUAUCA